ACAAGUUGUGGUGCGUCCUCGUUCCAUCAAAGAUAUGUUUCAAUUGCUGACGGACUGUGUCAAUGGAACUCUUACACAGCACUUACAGCCGAUUACAGAAUUCAUACGAAUGCUUUAUAAUUGUCAAAAUUACGAACAAGAGGCUGUGAUGUACAAAGAUAAUUACGACCAUAUGAUGGACAACAUAGCUGUUCAACUGAGAAAGAAAAUGGUUGUAAGCGAGAAUAGCUGUAAACACAACCACUAUGUUAGAGCUGAAGAGACUGGUGAUAGAUCCGUCCUUCUACACGUGGAAUGUCAUUCUGCGGAAGAUCGUGCGGCUUUCAAAUAUGCAUUGCAGACUGGACAAAUGCAGCCAACACUUGAUGUAAUCAGACGAGAAUUUCAGCACCUAUGUCCCGAUAUUUCGUUGAAAGCAAGAUUGCAUACACUAGAAUUAUAUGGCAAAGGACCUUCGCAGAACGACAGUACAGCAUUGGAAAAGAUAAAGAAGGAUGAAAACCACAAAAGUACGACUUUGCGCACAACUGAUGUUGCAGAAAUGAGACCAUUACAUAAAGUAGGAAAUGACCACUUCCAUGACGUGCCAGCAGAUCCUAACCCAACAAGACAUAAAAAAAUUAAAAGACAGGCCGCGUCGAGCAUGUUCUGCAAACAAACAGAGAGGAUUGAACCCACUAUCCGAUGUAAAAGUUACCCAGAGCCGUAGACAAAUCAUUGCAUGACAUGCGAACCAACUGCAACACCCAAUCCACACUGUCGCUACUAAUUAAAUGAAUGUAUUAUUAUUAAGACUUAGAACGGCGAUCCAGAGGAACGCACAAGGUUGGUGGCGUUGUUUACUUUCGGAAAAACGAACGGAUGCGAUAAAAAUGUUCUUAUUCAUUGGGAUUAACUGCCGUUAACUGGUCUUUUUGCGUCCGGAGCAUUCACCGUAUAGUAUGUAGAUAACACAACACCUCAUUCUACAAUACAACAAAUCACAUGCGCGCCGACAGCAAGGAUUGAACGGAUGUUUUAAUCAAGGAUCGAUUUAUGUGCGGUAAUUUAAGAAGUGGACAAAGUGUACUCGUACAUAUGGAUGAGUUUGUUGAUUAGAAUAGUGUUUUGAACAGUAUGUUUUGUUUCCAGUAAAGUCAUCUUUACUUAUUUUGCAUCAAACCAUUGCACGACUUACUUCUAAGUGUACAUUUUGCACAUAUACAUUGUUUGAUAACAUGUAUUGAAUGUAAUAGGUUUAAUACAUAUCCUUGUAAGUAUUAUCAUCAUUAUUAGUUUUACUACUUAUACGUCACACGGGCAUGAAAAAUCAAUAUGAAGCAAUUGUAAGCCGAUAUUAACACGUUUAUUCGUGAUUGUUAAUUUGCGUCGUUGAACUAAUCUGCACAGAAUAAUGGAGAUUUCAGGACAGUUGUUUUUAUUUUCUUUUUAUAUGCCUUUCAUGAGUUUUAGAUAUGAUGUCAACAAACGUUACAAUGAAUUUAAGAAAGGAAAUAUAUCUAAUAAAUUUCACAAACAUUGAUUCCUUUUGUUUCAAAAUUAAAAUGCUUAAGUUUGAAUAACUCAAUGUGUAUUUAAUUUCUGUACUUGGUCAAUAUUUCAUUUAUCAAUUGAAUAUGACAUACUUAUUCUUUUACGCAAUAUAUCUUCCAUGAGAGAGCUUUAAGCGUAUCCCAACCAUUUUUUUAUACUUUUCUAUAUCUCUUUUAUGACACCUUAUCACUUAACAUGUUCGUGAAUAAAGUGUGCCGAACCGUAAUGUCAAACAGCUUUUUUCCGCUUUCAUUCAAUAGUAUAAGUGAAUUAUCCAUAAACAGUGCCCUUCUGCUUUGUAGUACAAAGCAUAUAUCCUCCUUGGUUUAAUGCGUACAUAGAUGCACCCAAAACGUGUUAAUCAAUACUAAUGUACCUUGUUCUACGGUUUUUUGUUGAGAAGAAUCACGAUGAAAUUGAACUUGUACUAAAUGAUGCUAGGUUAUGAAAUCUUGCAAAAGAGAUGUAAUUUAGCUGAUACUUGGAUUUAAAUAAUUUCAUCGUACCUCAAAGAUUUGUUAUUUUGUUGUUCUGGUGAAUGUUAAAACGAGUGUAUAUCAUUGUAAUGUCAACAUUUAUUAUCUUAAUAUAAAACAAAUAAAUGUACAUGUAUAUAAAUGAGGAAUGUAAAAUAGAAUGUAUGAAAUAUUUUAUACAGAUACUAUUAUUCAAAUGUUGUUUAUUUCGAUAAUAUUCAAAACUCCGAAACCGACUAGUUUACAUGUACUGUUUGUUGCAGAACCAAAAUUUAUAUCUAUGCGUCCUUCGAAAAAAUCUAUGCAAUCUUUUCCAAUAAAGUACAUAUCUACUUCACAUAAUUUAGAUUCCGAAUGUACAGACGAAAAUUAUUGCAAUUGUAUUAAACAACUGAUUUUCUGGUACAACUUUUUCUGAAAUUACUUUCUAUUUUUUAUGCAUCAACGUUUAACCUGUUUUGAAAAUGUUUUAUUUAGAUUGUAUAUAACAACUUUUUACCACUGAGUCAUUUAAUUCUAUUUACAUUUGUUGUUUUUUUCCUUUAAUGUAUUUUAAUUUGAAUUGCGAUGAUAUGUGUUUUUAUGUUUAUUUUCAUUUUUUGUUAUUACGUGCAUGCUACAUAUGAAAACAUUUUGUUAUUACUGGCAUGCUACAUUUGUAAACAUUUUUUAUUACCUGCAUGCUACAUAUGUAAAACAAAUUAUACUUUCUUAUUGUUAUUAUCAGCAGUAUUGUUAUUUUUAUUGUAUUAUUAUUAUUAUUAUUAUUAUUAUUAUUAUUAUUAUUAUUAUUAUUAUUAUUAUUAUUAUAUUGUAAGCCGAUACUGAUACGUUAAUUAGUGUCUGUUAAUUCGACACAAAUAGUGUGUAUUUCGUUCUUCCUGAGUUGAAUAACGAUGAUCAAGAGUUUUUACUUCAUGAUGCUGGAUUAUGAAAUCUUGUCAACAAGAAAGAAUUUAGCUGAUACCUAUGGUGACUCCAUUUCAUUGUGCCUCCGAAACUUGUUUUUUUUGUGCUUUUUGUUACUCUUGAAAAUAUUAAACAAUAGUAUUGAGUAACAUAUCUUUAAUAUAAUCGAAUGUAUACGCUCUUUGAUUGUAUAUAUAUGUUCAUUUACA